AUUAUCAACAAUAAUGAAACUACACAUUUUCUUUACGUUGGUUUAACGUAAUUAUAUUACAUUACUAAAACCAUUGUAAUCAUGUUUUAUCAUCACCGGAAAUGAUGCAAUAUAUCAAAAGACACUAUCAAAUAUGAUUGGACAAUAAUAAGAGCGGUCUUUUUAAUCUUAACCAAUCAGAAGCCAAACAAGAUAUUUGUAAAGAUAUCGCGAUUGCCGCCCAGUUUCUUCCGACUCCUCAGCGACAAGAACGUUUAAGACAAAUCUUUAGAGGAAUAUCGAUUAGGUUUAGGUGGUGCUGGUAAUGUGGAGUUGUAAGGGGUGCUCAGAAAAAGUGGUCCAAACUUUUGCAUACAGAAGACAUGAAGUUGUUCGUGAUGCACCGAUGGUGGAGGCUUUCAUGUCAAGAUGGCCUGGUCUAUUUGACAUUAGAGAGAUAAAUGCUGAGUUUAAGAGAAUUACGACCAUACCGCUUCAUUCAAAGUUCUUCUCUCAACUGGAUCUCCACUGUGACAACCUGAGGAAGCUCUUCAAAAGAAGAGGAGGACAGCUCGGACAAAAGCUUAGACAAAUUGUUGCACAAAUGGAUGAUUGUGAAGAUGUUGAUGUUGCACGGGAGUGUGUCAUUAAGGGAGUCUGCAUAUAUAUGGGAGAAGAUCCAGCCAAGCUCAUCCAUAAAUAUGUGGGUGUGGAUGAAGCUAAUAUUGAAGAGGGUAUUGGAGCCACCACCAUCGGUGUUUUUCAUCUUAAAGACUGUUCUUCAGCAGAUGAAGACAUCGGGGUCGUUCUUGAAGGCAUCAGAGUGUUGUCCAAUUUGGAUAGUGUGCCAACAGCUGUUGCAAUGCUUUUUGGACUGAUAUAUGCAAUGAACCUCGCCUACCCUGCUGACCUCCGCUACACUUUCGAGGUAUUACAGAAAAUAGUAAUGGAACUGGAUGGAGGUAAACUGUCAAACAAGGCAUUGUCCCUUAAAAACUACCUCUAUGAGUGAAUAGAGAUUUUCUCAUGUUUAAUUUGGUAAUGUUUUCA